AUGGGGGGAGGGGUCGGGGACCCAGGCCCGCGUCUCCCGAGGGCUCCAGGCCUCCCGGGCUCCCUGCCCCAGGGGAGAGGAGAUUCAGGACCCGGCCCACCCCAGCCCCCAGCCCGGCCCAGCCCCCAGCCCCCAGUCGAGGAAAGGGGAAGCGGCCCCGCCUCCCGGGGACACCUGCCCCGGGGCUCCCCCAGCCCCCGGCCCCGGCUCGCCCCUCUCCCCACCUGCCCGGACCCCGCCCCCCAGCCCCGCCCCCGGCUAGGCCCCGCCCCCGGGCCCUCGAGCCCCCCGCCCCUUGGCCCCCGGGGGUCCCGGCCGCGCAGGGCAGGGGCGGGGGGGCGAGCGCGGGGUCGGGGCCGGGACCGGGCCGGGGCCUCUCCCUCCCCCGGCGGCUCCGCCCCGCCCCGCCCGCAGCGUCGGGGGCUCCCUGGGCCGGGCCGGGUCGGACCAGGCGGGCGGGGGUCCCGGGGCGAGACUCACCGCAGGGCGGCGCUGCCGGCCAGCCCGGGGCGCUCCGGGCUCCGUUCAACGCGGUCGCCGCUGCCGUUGCCGCUGCCGCUGCCGCCGCCGCCUGUCCCGGUCCCGCGGCCUCCGCCGCCGCGCCGGGGACAUUGUCCCUUUAAAUCUCUCCCCCGGCCCCCUCCCGCCCCGCGGCCCGGCCGCUCCGCCCCCCGGCGCGCCGCCGUGACCUCAGCGCGACAGCCCCGUCGUGACGCCAUGUUGGGGAGCCAAAAGCGUGGCAUCUCUUACAAUGACAGCAGACUUGGGGAGAGGGCUGGUAUGAGGAGAGUCAGACGGGGCCUCCAUCCUCUUGUGCCACAGUUUACACCCCCACCCCCAGGAAAUCCUUUGUGGCACAUGACAACCAAAAGGCAUCAUGCUCCCAUCCGAGGAGGUGCUCCUGCCGAAUUCUGCCUGGCUCAGAAACCACAUCUGGACUCCUAA